CCUAAGCAACGCAGCCCAGGACGCUCUUCCAGUCCACCACACCGUCUCUGAUGUGUAUGUCAGACUCAUCACCCUCCUCCGGCUCUCUAACUGUCCGACAUCACGCUUAUCUGUCGUCGUUAUUUGUAAGUAGGGAGGCUUUGGCUAGCUGGCUAAAACGCCUGCAUCACCGGUUUUGACGUUAGCUUAACGGGCGCUGCGGACGAAAUGAUACCAUCAUCACCGAUGUGACAGCAUAGAGUGAAACAGAGCCUGAUCAUGGGAGACAGAAGGAGGUCACCAUGUGCCGAAAUCUCUCCAAAUAUACCCUAAUUUUCCUCUUCCUAGCCGUGUCCGGCCUCAUCUUCCUGCUGCGUAACAUCCACACUGUGGAGAACUGGAACUGCCACACUAUUUCAGCCCUCUACCAGCUCCAGAGCAGGAUCCAAUCAUCCUUCAUCCCAGUGGAUCUCCCUACUUUUCAUCACAACCACACUUUCUGUGCCCAUCUGGGCCAGAAACCCUCCUCUCAAGAUGAAGCGGAAGAGCGCUACCUGUUGGACUCUAUUGCCUGGCCUGGGCCUCCGCCUCGUUCUACACCAGCCCCCCUUCGCCAGACGAGUGACCCUGUGCAUAGCCUGUUUGCCAUCCUUCCCGCUAAGGGAGGAAGGGAGUGGCAUGUGGGCGACCAGCUGGAGGCUCUUGUCCAAAUGCAUGACUUCCAGGGUCGUCCCAAGCGCUACGGCGGGGAUUUCCUUUUGGCCAGGCUGCACUCCCCGGAGCUUGGAGCAGGUGUAGCAGGAACGGUGCUGGACCACAAGAAUGGAUUUUAUUCAGCCAUCUUCCCGCUCCUCUGGGCGGGGGCCGCACGUGUUGAGAUUACACUGGUGCACUCCAGCGAGGCCGUUGCUGUCCUAUGGCGACUGAGGGAGGAACGUCCAGAUCGAGUCUUUUUCAAGAGCCUGUUCCGCUUGGGCUUCCUGUCUGAAACUACAGUGUGCAACAUGUGCUUGCCCCCCGACCCGCAGCCUCUGUGCAAUUAUACAGACCUUUACACAGGGGAGCCCUGGUACUGCUACAAGCCUAAAAUACUCAGCUGUGACACCAGAAUCAACCACGCCAAAGGAGGCUAUCUGAAACACCUCAUCACCAACAAAGAAGCACUGCUCUUCCAGAGUGGUGUAAACAUCAAAGUUCGCAUUCACGCUUCAGGACCCGAUGGAAUCUAUGUGCUGCCUCCCAGGAAAGAUGACGUUGAGAUAGAAAGCAGCAGUAUAAAGCCAGAACCUAUUAAGCUAGCACCUUCUGGAUAUUACUACGAGGACUCAUGGAGGCCAUUAGGUGGCGUUACAAUGCGUCAGUUCAAUGAAUCAUCUGCCAUCACUCAGUGUUUGAAGAAUAAGGUGAUCAACAUGUAUGGAGACUCUACUGUCAGGCAGUGGUUUGAGUACCUCAUUGCUUUAGUACCAGGAUUAAAGGAGUUCAACCUGCACAGUCCUAAAAAUGUGGGGCCUUUCAUGGCGGUGGACAGCACCCAUAAUAUUCUGUUGAAGUACCGCUGCCAUGGCCCACCCAUCCGCUUCUCUACGGUCAUGUCCAGUGAGUUGCGGUACAUUUCAAACGAGCUGGAUGGCCUCUCCGGGGGUCCCAACACAGUCGUGGUCCUCAGCAUUUGGGCUCAUUUUAGCACCUUUCCUGUGGAGGUGUACAUACGGCGACUCCGUCACAUUAGACGGGCGCUGGUGCGACUUCUGGACCGGGCGCCGGGUACGAUCGUUGUGAUCCGCUCAGCCAACCUCCAGGCCCUGGACCAAGAGGUCAGCCUGUACAACAGCGACUGGUACUCCCUGCAGCUCGACAAGGUGCUUAGGGCCAUGUUCAAAGGACUGAACGUUCUGCUGGUGGACGCCUGGCAAAUGAGUUUAGCGCACCACCUUCCUCACGCCCUCCAUCCACCUCCAGUCAUUGUUAAGAACAUGAUAGACACACUUUUGUCUUACAUUUGCCCAGAGAAGAAAAAGAGCCAACAGUGACUACUGUGAAUAUUGAGGAGUUUAUUGUGUGACUCCAUCAAUGGAAGUGUUCUUCAAAGCUACAUACCCUUUUAAUACUGUCUUUACUAAAAGAUUUGCCAAGUCUCUGUUUACUUGCCUGCUAUAUUUAAUUUCGAAUCCCACAAAACAUUAAAAUGUUACACAGUGAUUGUUACUACCCAUCUUUUUGUUGUGUGCAGUACUUUUACUUAAGUUGGCCAUGUUUGGUUUUGGGAUUCUUUCAAAGACGCUGUUUUAUAUUUAUGUGUGUACAAAUGGAGGACAACUUAAAAACAUGAAUAAGAGUGCAGACACAAAUCAAAAGCAGACAUCUCCAUGCACCAAGACUUACUGAACGGUUUGGUGAGUAUGAAAUGAUGCCACAGCCUUGACUGUAACCAGAUCUCAACCCAGUUUCACACCUAUGGAAGAUUUUGGACUAGCCUAUAAGACAGUGCUCUCCACCACCAAUAAGACCAAAUCAUCUAAUCUAAAACCGUCAUCUUCACAUCUAUUUAGUUGGUCUCUCUUGCAGUAAAGAUCUUGAUCUCAGUGACGUUACCUGAUAAAGUAGAGGUUGUUUAUAUAAAUGAGGGAAUGUCUUGUGGAGGAAAAGUGUCCAUUCUUCUAAAAUAGUUCCAUAGACUUGGCAAGAAGCACUGAAGCUGUUAUAAUGGCCUUGUGAGUACAUACUAAGACACUUGUUGGUGUUUCCUCUAAUUUGUCACCCAUCUGUAUUUGAAGACUCAUUUCUAAGAUAUUCAGUGUUAAAAAUGUGUUCUUGUGGUCUGGCAUGUUGCAACAUGUUGACCACAUCUUGUUUUUUUAUGUCAGGCUAGACAAAAUGACAAAUCAAACACAGCUACAGCAACCACAAACUACCACAUAAAUAAACUACAUUGCUGUUAAACCCCA